AUGGCGUUCAUGAAGAAGGAAAAACAUAUCCAGAUGUUAGUGAAAGCCACGCGUAACGAACGGGUUGAAAGAAGUGCUGACAUCCUCACAUUGUGUGAUCAUUUAUCUACGAAUAAAAGUCUAAAAUGUGACAGUUUUCGUUUUUACGAACGAAUAAAAGAACGUGCACGAGCUAUUAUGAAGAAAAUAGAUCUAAGGUCGAGCAGUCGCCGUCGUAAGGAGUCGAGACACCAUGACCCGACAACUAUGGUUAUCGGUGAUCCUGUAUUGGUUUCCUAUGACUCUGCUAGCCCCGAAACAAUGAGGAUGAUUCCACGACCAAGCAAUCUUGACGUACUUGCCAUGAGAUCUGAAUAUUAUUUUUUGUUUGGAAUCCGACUAAAUGUGGAUAGACCCCGAUUUCUUUGUGUGUUCACAACGAGAGGUGUUCAGAUACUGCGCUUUCUCCGUCAAAUGGCACCCGAUACGGUGGGAAUAUUUCGGAAAAAUGGCGUCAAGUCGCGGAUUCUCGAACUGCGCACUAUUUGCGAUCGCGAUUCAGAUGUGGAUGUCUUCGUCGAGGAGAAUCGUCUCGAUCCGGGACAGGUUCAUGACGUUGCCGAUGUGCUGAAGCAGUAUCUCAGAGAAUUACCAGAACCGUUGAUGACCGCUCGACUUUCGGAGACGUUUGCUAACAUUUUUAUCCAUGUUCCCGAAAAUGAAAGACUGGCCGCCUUACAAUACGCGAUUCUUCUUCUGCCCGAUGAGAAUCGAGAAGCUCUUCAAACAUUGCUCUUAUUCCUAUACGAUGUCUCAAAACACGCAGAUAUCAACAGCAUGCCAGCACAAAAUCUGGCUGUAUGCUUCACUCCAUCAUUAUUUCAUCUCAGUGCCUCUCGUCUGGACAAAGUUACACCAACUAGACGUCACAAGACAAUCGGCGCUGCAGGGAUGCCGUCGGAACAAGAAAUGCGUGAGACGAGAGCGGCUCAGCAGUGUCUUACCUACUUAAUUCAGCACUGUCGGACAGUUUUCGUUUAUUCAUGGAUAACAUUGGAACUUCAACUAUACGUUACGGGACAUUAUGUACGAGUUAUGUUUCAGGAGCAUUCCGAGCAAUGGAAGGCGUGGAUUUUCGACGGAGUUCAUGAGGAUGUGGAGAUCUCGCAUAAAAUCCCCAAUGAUUGUCACCCGUUGAAGUUGUACCGUGUUUGGAUUGAUGUAGCAGCGCCACCGAAGCAAGUGAUGAGUCGGAUUAUGCGUGAAAGAAAUGUCUGGGACGCAUCGGUUGUGAAUUGGAGAACGGUCGAUGUUCUACACGCUCCCGACACUGAUUUGCACCAGUACGUGCUGAACGACACCGUCGGGCACCCAACACGGGAUUGUUUCGUUGCUCGCUUCCACCGUUCCGAUCUUUCUGAAAUCCGUGGAGCAUGUGCUAUCACUGAACGAAGCGUGCAGUGCAGCGAGGCACAACUGCUCGGCGGCAUUUCUGCGGAAGUGUUGGACUGCCGAUUCCUUAUUGAGCCGAAAGCUGGACGCUCUAGGGUCACCUACAUCUCAAGAGUUGAUCUUAGAGGUCGCGGUCCUACGUGGUACAACAAGGUCUACGGCUGUAUUAUAGCUCGUCAGAUGAUAAGGCUGCGAGACUCGUUCCAGUCAGGUUCAGAAAAUGUGGGUCCUGAAACGAAAGUUUAA